UUGGGGUUUUGGCGUUGGGCUCAUCUCUUAGUGUGACAUUUCCUGGUAUGUAAAGCUUCACUGUCGGUCAAGGAUGCCAACAGUCAAUGAGCAGACGUUGCUUAAUUUUGGAGAAUUCUUGUGCGCCAGCUCUGAUAGUGGGAAUGCCUGAGAAAUAGUGAACAAGUGCAGCUCCCAUGGCAGGAGCAAGGCGCAGGAUUAUGUUGGCUGCAACGAUCACAGCAGCGCUGAUCUUUUUUAUGGUGCAAAGAUCUGGAGCCUUGGCCCUCGGAACAGCUUGCUGGGAUGAACGCCUGUCACGAGCGGGGAGGAACAGCAGCUGUGUGGCUUCACAGCCUUUCCUGAUAUUCGGUCAUGGUAAAGCCAUUCAUCGGAUGAACCUGGAUGGGAAGCAUCAGAGGAUACUUUUGGCCGGUGUGGGGAGGUCAAUCCUGUUCGACUUUCAUUUCAGAGAGGAGGGUAUUUACUGGGCUAACAAACACACUGGAGUCAUCUACAAGGCAUCAGUGAGAGAAGCACAAAAACAGAAACUGCACUCAUCUGACAAACACAUCUCGGGCCUCGCAGUGGACUGGAUUUGGAACAGUGUAUAUUGGACAAGUCGAGAAAAGGGAAAAAUCAAGAGAAUGGAUUUAAAUGGGAAAAAUCUGAGAACUCUUUUAAGACACUUGAACCAACCGAGUUCCAUAGCUGUUGACCCCACAAACAGGUUCCUUUUUUGGCUGUCUGGUGGGAUGACUCCCAGUAUCCAGAGGUCUGAUGUCAUAGGGCAGGGAAAAACUACACUUAUUAAGAUAGCAGAGCAACUAAACUCUCUGACGAUUGACCGACAAGACAAGAGACUGUUCUGGGUUCAGUUUGGUCUCCAAGGAGAAUGCGCCAUUGCCUCCUGUGAUUACAACGGAAACGCCCUUCACAUUAUAGAUCAGCCACUUAGGUCUCAGGUGCUGGGGAUAUCAGUUUUUUUGGAGUACUUAUUCUACACUGAUGCUGAAUCUCGGAUUGUAAAACAAAUAAACAAGUACACUGGUGGAAAUGCACUGGAUGUGAACACAAAGCAAAUGAAAAAACCCCUGAUAGGAAUCAAGGUGGUACAUCCCCUCAACCAGCCACUGGCCGACUCCCUAUCUUCAUUUUCAGGUUGUGACAUACGGAGUGGAAACUGUGUGAAUGUAUGCUCCAAUAUGGCUGAACAAGGGGCUUGCCAAUGCGGUGAGGGUUUUGCUCUAAGUAAGCAAGGCACUCAUUGUGAAGACGUGAAUGAAUGUGCCCAUUGGAACCAUGGCUGCUCUCUUGGGUGUGAGAACAUCCCAGGCUCCUAUUUCUGUACCUGCCCAAAAGGAUACGCCCUCCUACCAGACAGGAAGAUAUGUCGAGAGAUCAUGCCAUGUGAAGGGAAUAUGACCAACUGCAGUCACGGAUGUCUGACAACAGAUGAGGGCAACGUGUGUGUGUGCCCUGAGGGAUCUAUACUGCAGGAUGAUGGACAAGCCUGUAGUGGUUGCUCAUCGACAGACAUGGGGGGCUGCAGCCAGCUGUGUACUCCCGUCACCCCGAGUACGUGGCAGUGUGGUUGUCUGCCAGGCUACCAGCUCCACCAGGACAGCAAGCGCUGCAUUGCAACCGGACCACCACCAUAUCUGCUAGUUGCCAAUUUUGUAGAUGUACUAAGAAUUAACCCAGACGGCACAGGGGAUCAAACCCUGGUGGAGGAGCCCAGAGGAACAAUCGUAGCUUUGGACUAUGACCCUGUCCAAAACAAUGUGUACUUCUCCAGUAUAAACCAAAAGACAAUUGAGCGGAUCGAUUUGAACGGUGGAUCCAGAGGCGUUGUCAUUUCUGAGGAUCUGAACUCUCCAGAGGGACUGGCGAUUGAUUGGGUCCACCGCAGGAUGUACUGGACGGAUUCAAGUCGGUCAACUGUUGACUGCAGUAGCUUGGUUGGACUAAACAGAGAAACGAUUGUGAGCAAAGGGCUGGAAAAACCAAGAGGAAUCACAGUUCAUCCUCUGGCAAAGAAGUUGUUCUGGACUGAUAUCGGUGCCCAGCCUGUGGUGGAAAGCUCAUCUUUGGAAGGAAAAGAGCGAACCAUCAUUGCCAGCACCAACCUUGUGUCACCUAGCGGCCUGGCCAUCGAUUUCACAGAGGAUCGUCUGUUCUGGUGCGACCAACAAAGGGGUCUGGUGGAGACUUCUGCCCUGGACGGCUCAGACCGGCGAAUCCUAUUAGAGAACCAAGUAGGUCGACCUUUUGACCUGGCAGUGUUCGAGGACAGGCUCUGGAUCUCUGAUCGGGAGCUCCGGCAGCUGACAAGCGUGCACAAGCGGACUGGGAAGAAACUCCAGAGUAUCCAUGGCAACAUGGUCCAGCCUGCAUCCAUUGUGGUGGUUCAUCCGCUCGCAAAACCAGGAGCAGAUGUUUGCCUUCACCUGAAUGGAGGUUGUGCCCAGGUGUGUGAAAGCAAACUGGGAUUGGCUCACUGCUCCUGUCUCUCACGCUACAUCCUGUCAGCUGAUGGAAGAAGUUGCUCGUCUACUGACGCCUCGAAUGGAACAGACGAGUCUGGAGACACUGACCCCACUGAUGUAACAUCUCUCAAACGCAGUGAGCCAAUGCUCUUCACUGACAAGAUGGUCUCAGACCAGAAUGGAUGCUACUCACUGCGUUGCGACGUGAAUGCACAGUGCCUCCUUCAGGCCAGAAGCCCAACGUGUUUGUGUCUGGAGGGUUUUACAGGUGAUGGACAGGUGUGUGUGGAUAUCGACGAAUGUAAACUGGGAACACACAACUGUAACAAAAAUGCAGAAUGUCAAAAUACUUUGGGGAAGUAUCUCUGCAAAUGUCAGGCUGGAUUCCACAGCGACGGGCAAACAUGCCAAGAGCUGGAGGCCACAUCGCCGUGGGUGACGACCGGUAGCCCUGCGGACGUGACGACCCUGCACCACAUCAGUAACUCAGUGGAGAGCUGCCCCUCCACCCAUGAAUCCUACUGUCUGUACCAGGGAGUCUGCUUCUACUUUCCUGAGAUGGAGUCAUAUGCCUGCAAUUGUGUGUUGGGCUACAUGGGCGAGCGUUGUCAGUUCAGUGAUCUGGAGUGGUGGGAGCUGCAGCAGGCUGAGGAGGAGAAGAGGAGGAACGUGGUGAUUGCGGCCUGCAUGGUGGUCCUCAUCUCCCUGCUCUCCAUCGCUGCCUGCGUCACCUACUGCUACGGAACCAGAAAAUUCUUCCACAAACAGCCAUCAGUGGAUGAUGUGAGUGAGACCAGUGUGACAGACGAGAGCUUGUCAGAAACCACCCCUGUGCCUCGGUUCUACAUGCUGAUGGAAAAUGGUGCAGAGGGAAAGGCCGUCCCCCCCAUGAGCUGUCCCAGGAGAGCCAUAUGUCCUUCGUGUUCUUCAGAGACAGGUGACAACCAUGUGUCUGAAGAGUCGGAAACAUUUUCCAAACACAACAGAGGGUAUGAGUGUUCCAUGGUGUCGGCUGUUGCCAUGGAGAUCACCCAACCCACAAGUCCAUCAUCAGCAAGUUCAUAUUCGUGUUCAUCUUUCAAGCCACAGAAGACACCGCCAGUCUCCCAGACAACAAGCCUGGAGUCACCCGCUUCCUAGUUCAGCCGAGAGAACCGAUACCGCUGUACACUUGAAACACUGCAGACAUGCCAUGCUGAAAUAUCUGGUUGAUGUACGGACUGAAAAUGAAGAGUGUCAAUCCAAAACUAUCAUUUCCUGGGAAAUUGGUGAAAAUAUUUUUUUAAAAGACCUCUCGAAUGAUGGAAAUUCUAAAAAAAGAUUUUAUCCGGAUUGGCACAAACAUCGAAUGGGCUUCUUGGUCCAUGUUCCAUCCUUCCUCCAAGUUUUGUGAAAAUCAUUUAGCAUAUUAACAAAAACAACCAACAACCUGAUAUGAAAACAUGACCUCUUCAGUGGAGGUAAUAGGAGAAGUCUCAUUGGAGCUGUUGUUUUCACACACAGACUCCAGUGCAUCGGAAAACAGCAACGAGCGCUCUUACGUCAUAACAAAAUGAAGCUGUAAAAUAUGUUUAUACAGUCGAAUAAGUGUCCUUAUCCAGAAUAUGAUGGAGAGAAGCACAUUAUAUGAUAUGUAUAUAAUAUAAUAUGAUGGUGUAAUGCUGUAUAAAACUCUGAUUCCUAGUUAUUCUAGUGAUUAGUAAGUUUAUUAAGUUGGAUUCUUUACUAUUUUCCCCAAAAAUACAGUAUUUGGACUGAAACUCUUUCUCAUACUAAUUUACCUGUAGCUGGCAAAAAUCGUACCUGUUAUAUUCACGUGUACAGUUCAUCUUUCCUACAAACCUUCUUAAGUAGAUGCCAAACUACACACACACACACACGUACACACACACAUACACACACACACACACACACACAGAGAGAGAGACCAGUAAAAAAAAUCUAUUCCACUGCUUGUUUCUGAACAUAUCAUUGUCAUGGACCUUCUCACAAGAAAAUUUGAAAAUGUCUUUAAUUUUCUAAUCCAAACAAACUUCUCAAUUUCCUUGGAUCACUGUGGUAACUGGAGAGCAAAUAAUAAACCGUGACUGCUUGUGUAUCUGUGGAGAUUCUCAGUCAUGCACACGUGCAACUCCAAGAGUAACUGCUCGCUAGUGUCAUAAAGGGACAUACUUUGUGUUGUUGUGUUUUGUUGUUUAGCAAUUAUUUACAUGUUUUUGUCUGUUACAUAUUAAUGGAGUAAUUGUAGGGCAUAGGUUUUUGUCAGAAGCAGUGUGGCUCAGUGAGAAGCCAAUCGCACAAUAAUUAGAUUUAAAAUGUAUUUUUGGAGCCGAUAAUAGGGAGUAAAGAAAUCCUGAUACCAACAUAUCAGCCAAUAUAUAUAUAUUGAUAAAACAUGUCAUGUAUCAAACCCUUAUGACAAAGAAAUGUAACUGAGGCAUGAUAUUUUACAGUUUAACCAUAACCAACACUGGUAUCAACGUAUGAAAGACUCGUAUUAGAUAUUGCUUUAUAUGAUUAUUUUAUCGAUAAAUUGAUCGGGCUCUGGUGAAGAAAAGUAGAACAGUUUGUUUUUUGCUAAUCAAAUUCAUUUUCAUUAAAAUGUUCAUAUUCAGCCAAGAACAACUACUUUAAAAACCUAACAUGACAACUGUGCUAUUGUUUUCAAAGUUUAUGCUUUAAUUAUUUUAUUCCAAAGAGUUCUUGAAUCAGUGCUUUUUGAAAUAAGACUGCUGAAGGAAAAAGAUGUUGCUGUUGACAUCUAUCUGAUUUCAGAAAAUAACAAAAAAAACAUCUAGACAUUUUAACAUCUAGAAUUUUUCUUCACAUUGUGUUCAACUGGGAUUUUGCUCUGAUUAUACAUGUGGAUUAGAAAAUUGCAAGAUUAAGCUUGUUUUUAUUUCAAUAAAACUACA